AUUGCAUGUAGCUAAUCAGUUACUGUCCAGCUCUCUUGGCAGAUACUUCUAUACAAAGCAAGGACGGUGUCUAGUCAACAUUUGAAAUGGAUCAAAAAAGUUAAUCAAAGUUGUCCUAGGAUAAGAACGCAUUAUGGUUUUAGGACAACUUUGAUGAAUGGUUUUGAUCCAAAUGUUGACUACUGUAUAUAUCAUGGGACGUUUCACGCGUGCAGAGGAGAGAAGAUAUGGCGUUAUCUGUGGCGUAAAUGUUCACGCAUCUACGCAAUUUCCUUGUGUGGGAGAGAGAGAGAUACUCGAACGCCCAGUUUGCCCAUAGUUGACAUCACGCAAGUAGAUGUCUGAUAUUCCGUGCAGGAAAGGUUAGAUCAGAUAGUUUGAAAGUUUUCGUGUAGGCUCUAUCUACAGGGACCGCACGCGCUCACAGGUAAAAUAAUAAACACCGGCGCCGUACACCUUUCCGUCCAGCCACCGUGUGAAGGUCACCAGCGAUCAUCUCCUAUGUUUGAAACAAUCGUAAUGAACAUGACGAGCUUGAAGGCGUUCACCGAGCCGUUUGGGAGAGUGGCUUCUGAACCGGUGGAGGACACGGACCCCAGCAGCUUCAUUGCAGAUAUGUCUCUGAGGUCAAAUUACCCUGUUCAGGUCACUGACCCACAAGGUAUCAGAGAUCCUGUAACCCUACAGCUCAGCUCUGUUCCCCCUGGAUAUCUGUUGUCAGCGGUGGACAGGAUACGACAGCCUGUGGAAAAUGACAGUAGUGCAUUUAUUCCAUCAUCUUCAGUUUCAUUAGACUUCGGUAAAGAACAAAAGCCCUGUAAGGAGUGUUUAUGUUCUGCCCCUCCACCCAAAAUCAGUGACCUCAUGAAUGACGAAGACCUUCUCUACAGUCUAAGGCUAAAGCUGGAUCCAACUCACUGCACUGUCAAAAACUGGAAGAACUUUGCAAGCCGCUGGGGAAUGAGCUACGACGAGCUCACGCUUCUAGAGCAGCGCACACACGGUCCCACCUACCAUAGUCCCACUCAAGAGUUCCUCCUGCGCUACAACCAGAAACCUGUCACGGAGCUCACCGAACUCUGCCAGCUGUACCAGCGCAUCGAUGUGCUUCGAUUGCUCCAGAGGUGGAUGGAGAACGACUGGCCCUCACGCUGGCAGCAGGCCCAUUAGCUGGGACUUCACAAUAACUGGACCUCAAAGGUGAAAUGUGUUCGUGGAAACUGAAAUUCUUCACUGCAGGAAUGGACAGCAGGUCAGAACACACAUUACUGAACAGUGGUGGUACAAAGACAAGGUAGUACACCGGAUGUAUUUAAUUUUUUUUUUGUUAACCUUUGGCUGAUUUUAUCAGUCCAAAUGCCACUGACUGGUUAGCUGUAUUAGUUAUGUGAUAAAAGGGUGAAUAACAAAUAUGCAGCAGCACCCCAGCAGAAAACGGAAAGGCCACUCAGGUGUGACUACUCAUUUAUAUUCUGUCUGGAAAUUCUCUGUGGUUCCAGUCAUACAGCAUUUAAUUUAUUUUUAAUACAAACAGUCAUCUGCUGGCGGUGUGCCAUUGUUGGUGGUCUUAUGAAGUUUCCUUAAAUUAGUAAUAUUUAAUGUAUUCAAAUGAUGGCUUUUGCAGACUUUAUACACUGAAAUUCAUUCUGCUCAUGUUCUAUAAAAGAGGCUUGUUGUGUGGGGACUAUUUGUGAAGUGGCCAGUUAAAGGGAUACUCCACCCCAAAAUGAAAAUUUUGUCAUUAAUCACUUACCCCCAUGUCGUUCCAAACCCGUAAA